AUGUACACAAAGAGUACGUGUACGCCCAUAGGAGUGUCCAUGUUCACAGCCGAGAGAUGCCGUUGCAAACCUGGUCAUGAAAGCUGUGAGCAAGGAGACAACAUCCACAUCCCCUCUUCCACUUCUGGCUCGGCCUGUAUUACUUCCAAGGCACUGGUUAUCUGCGUUUGGUAUUGGUCUACGCAGAACAAAUUCUCCUUCCCCCCUUUUCCCUACGACCCGACUGCCCCAGGCGAGCAGGCCGUCUCAGCUACAAGGUGUCUAGCGAGGUGUCUCAUCCUGCCAUUUGUCCUGCGCAGAGUUCAGGACUCUCGCACUCUGCUUCUUCCAGUUCCCCAACAAGCGGGAAAAGCCCAAUCUGCGCGUUACAUCGCGACGCAGAAGUGGUUUUCUAGCGGAGGAAGCCGCUCACAACCGAGGGUACGGGUACGAUACGGAGCUGCUCACAGCGUGGAGACGCGCAGCGAACGGGAGCGACGAGGAGGGGCCACGCCGCACCGCGACACCCCGGACACGCAGGAUUGGAAUCAUGUCGUCAAACUACUUGAAGAGUCAAACUCAAGUAAUUUGGAAAGGCAGCUGAAAAUUCUCAAGAAGGUAGUCAAGCGCUUUGAAAAUGGGCUUCCCCUUAAGGAUUUAGCACAGAUAUUUGAAAUUCUUAACCUGUGUGCAGAAAAACUUAAUGACCAAGAAGCUUUCACUGAGCCUAUAUGUGAACUUAUUAAAUUAUGUGGGUUACCUUUUCAAAAAAAGAAAUUAUCUGAUGAAGUAAGCUAUUCCAUGACAGUUUCAAAAUCAAUUGCACAACUUGGUUAUUUGAUGAGGGUGCCAAGCUCUCAAGUUAGAAUACAAAUCUGUAAGUGUAUUGUUAGCUUUUACAAUGUGGAGCCACCGAAAAAACUGCUUUCAGGUUACCAGCCAACAAGCGCAAACUAUAAAAUUCAGAUGGCUGAAUUAGGAGGAUUAGCAGAAACUCUUGUUUUAUCACUAGCAUUAGUUGAAAAUCAACUUACUGAGAAGUUAUGGGUACUGAAAGCUCUGCAGUAUCUCUCUAGCUCUGGAGUAAACUGCAGACUUAUGCUUAAGGCCCAGGCAGCCAGCAGACUCUGUGUGCAUCUAAAUGAUGCUGAUCCCUCUGGACAGCUGGUAUUCCGUUCAUCAGAAAUCCUGUGGAACUUAUUAGAAAACACCUCAAAAGAAGAAGUUGUUAAUCAGCUCAGUAGCUUGGAAUGUGUACAUGCUUUGAAAGAAGUAUUUGUACACCUUUUCAUGCACGGUUUCCGCAAUUAUGAUCGUCAGCUAAGAAAUGACCUCUUAGUGAUUGCCACGUUAGUAGCUGAAAACCCUGCAGCACCUAUGAUUGAAAGUGGAUUCACAAAGCAGUUAGUAGCACUUGCAACAUUUACUGAAGUUAAAAUCCCUAAUCCCUUGGUAAAAGGUCUUAAACUUACCUACUCUUAUGAGGACUUUGAGCUGAAGAAGUUGCUGUUUAAUGUAAUAGGUGUCUUAUCUAAAGACCCGUGUGCUGUACAGUUUCUCAGUGAAAAUGACGUGAUGCCAGCUUUGCUUUAUUAUGUAAAACCAAAUCAAAAGCCUGGAUUUCAUGACUGGUCUGCUGCCCAAUAUGAAGAAUUACAGCUUCAUGCAAUUGCUAUUUUAGCCACAGUGGCUCCCUUGUUGCUAGAUAAAUAUUUGUCCUGCCAAGCGAAUACUCUCCUUCUUGUAUUUCUAGAGUGGUGUGUAGGCCAAGAUCCCUUCUUUGGUCAAGGUAACAGUUUCCAUGGAACAGGUGGUCGUGGCAGCAAACUUGCACAGAUGCGCUACAGUCUGAGAGUGCUGAGAUCUGUUGUGUCCCUCUAUGAUGAUGCUGUGAACCUUAAUUUAUGUGACCAGGGGGCAAUUAGCCAACUACUGGAUAUCCUAAAGUAUGCAGCAAACAAAUCUAAGGAAAAAGAAGAUGCCAUUCUGCUGGAGAUCCAAGCUGAUAUAUUAUUUAUUCUGUCUACUCUCUGUGAAAAUGAUCUCCACAGAAAGGAACUCUUUGGCUAUGAAGGAGUGGAUAUACUUAUCCCAUUCUUGCAGAUGGAUCCGAAUAAGUUAUUUAGUGGAUUAGGCCACGUUCGACUCCUUUUCAGUGCACUGGACUGCUUGUGGUCCUGUAUCAUUGGAUGUUACAUUGCAGAGGAUUCUUUUCUUGAAAAACAGGGCAUUUUCCUCCUCCUGGAUUUGUUGGCAUUGAAGCAAAAGAACCUGUGCAAUAUAAUUCUUGGAAUUCUGGUUGAAUUUUGUGACAACCCUAAAACCACUUCUCACAUCAAUGCCUGGCGUGGAGAGAAGGAUCAAACAGCAGCUAACCUUCUAAUACAGUUAUGGAGACAAGAGGAGUUGGAGCUAGGAGUCAAACGUGAUCAGUAUGGAAGGAUUGUUGACAUGAAGAGACCUAUUGUUAGCAGCUUCCAGAAACAGCAAGAGGUCAUCCCCAUGCCUGCCAACUGUCCUAGCUUUGCCAUCGUAGAGAUUUCGGAAAACAUGAGGGCAAAACUGUAUUCAUUAUUAUGCAAACUAGGUUUUGAAAAUUUACCUGGCUUGUCUGCUAAGGAUUUUGUCACGCUUGCUAUCAUACGUCGUUAUCUUGACUUUAAAGUUGGAGAGGUUUGGAGGGAACUAUGUGAAGAAUUAAAAAAAGAAUUCAGGCCCGUUACUUCAGAUGAGGAUGCCUUGAAAGUUAUUUCAGAGGUAUCCGAAGAUGUUGGAGGAAUGAUUGCUGCUCUUCAGACUGAAAUGCUCGAAAAUCAACAGCAUCAAGAACUCCAAGAGGAGGAAAAGGCUUAUGCAAAGAUUCAAGCCAUCCAUAAGCAGAGGGAAAUGGUAAAUAAAUCUUGGGAAAACUUCUUGACUCGGACAUCGAACUAUGAGGCACUGAAGAAAGCAAAAAGGCUUCAGGAAAAGUCAAUAAAGGCUUCCAGAUCUAAAUCAAAGUCCCAGAACGUAGCAGUCCAUUCUACUGAUAUUAAAGGCCUUGGUACAACAAUUGGAUCUGGUUGCUUAGUAACCGUAGAAAGUACACCUCCUCAAUUAGUUGGAGGGCCACUGGCUGAUACAGACCUUGCUCUUAGAAAGCUCUCUGUUCAUGGAGGAGCCUUAAAAAAGAUCAAAAGAGUUAAAAUGUUGGACUCAUUCAAGAAAAAUUCGGUAUCAGUAAAAUAAAUAUUAUUCUGAACAGUGCUUUUAAUUUUUUAGUUAACAUUAUGUGUAUUUCAGAUACAGGAUACAGUCUAUUUGUAAGGCUUUAAUAAACUGCAUAGAAGUUCUUAAGAGUAAAAUUAUUUUUUGUCUUACACUAAUGCAAACAUAGUGAUGGUUUAUUAAUAAAGUAUCUC